CCGACAUUUAUUUUUUUUUUAAAAUAGAGUUUUCUCCUUUCACACUAGUGGAGAGUUUAGGGCACUCAUUUCCCCCAAAUUGGCUAACAUUCGAAGAUGGCAGUCGCUAAUUUGCAGAGAUUCGCCUCACGAAUCGCACGAAACCCUUCGAUUUUUUCUAUUACUCGAUCCUCCGCAUCCUCAUGUUCGUCCCGCUCCGGCUCCGCCAAAGUCGCCGAUCGGAUCGUCAAGCUCUUCGCCGUUGACCCUGAGGGCUGUAAACGGGAGAUUAUAGGUCUGUCGGGUCAAACUCUGCUCAAAGCUCUAACCAACCACGGGUUAAUCGACCCGGAUUCUCAUCGCCUUGAAGACAUUGAUGCGUGUUCCUCCGAGUGUGAGGUGCACAUUGCUCAAGAAUGGCUCGAGAAGCUUCCAAAAGCUUCUUACGAUGAGCAGUAUGUGCUGAAGAGGAACUCUAGGGCUAGGGUUUUGAACAAGCAUUCUAGGCUGGGUUGUCAGGUGGUCCUCUCACCGGAGCUUCAAGGAAUGGUUGUGGCAAUUCCUGAGCCUAAGCCAUGGGAUAUCCCAUAAAAGGUGAAAAUGAAUAGUUUUCUAUGUCUGUGAACUGGAAUUUUAGUGCUUUGAGUUAAUAAGAUGUGGAACUUUUGGUACUUGAUAGGCAAUUUCUGUCAAAAUUGUCUGAAAGUUGACAACUUUGUUCGUUUUUUUAAAUGAAUACUUUCCCGAUCCUGUAUGAGUUAUUUUUAAUAUCAAUCUGUCUUUGGUGGUUUGACGACA